AUGGCGUCUCUCUUUCAGCUCCCCGAGGAGCUCCUCCUAUCCCCCUUAUUCGAGCGUUUCCCCUGCCGCGAACGUCAGAUCCGUUCUUUAGCUACUCUUCUCCAUCCCGCCGCCGCGCCCUGUCGCAACCUCAUUGUCUACGGCACCGAAGCCACCGGCAAGUCAGCCAUCGUCGAGUCACUCUUGCAGAACCUCUCCAAGCCCCCCGACGAAGAAACCGAACCCGAAUCCAGAACCUCUCUUAGCUUCGCCAUCGUCAACUCCAUACAAUGCAUCACGGGCCGGCAUCUGUUCGAGCGGACAAUCGCUGCCGUGGUGGACGCGAUACAAUGGGAGGCUCCGCCCAGGAAGUGCGAGACGUUGGCCCAAUUGCUGGUUGAGCUCUGCAAGAUGCUAAAGUACACACAACGACCCGACGGCUGGCGCUUCGUGCUCGUCUUCGACGCAAUUGACCGUCAGAGGGACGCUCCCGCAACUCUCCUCCCAGCAUUAGCACGGCUAUCCGAAGUGGAAUUCAUAAAAAUCAUCUCGGCGUCCCCGCCGCCGCCGACUCCGACCACGACGCAAGACGACACAAACUUCCUCUGGACCCGCUUCGUCGGCGCCGUCUGCGACGCCCUCACGACAUCGGCAUCCCGCACCUUGCCCUCGUGCCGCCACAGCUGCGACGCCCUCUGGCCGCGCUUCACGGCGCCCAUAUUGGCGCGCACCCACGGCCCGCGCGAGUUCUCCAAGCUCCUCAUCGCUUCGCGCGUGCACUUUCAGGACGAGAGCCUCCUGAACCCGAGUAUCGUCUCCAUCAAGCUCGGCAACUCUUCUUCUACGACGACAACGACGACGACAAAGGUGAAUGGCCAUACACCAGUAGGCACGCCCUCGAAGCACGCGACAACAGUAUCAGCUCAGUCGACGGCGGCACUGAUGAGCACCGCCACCGCCGAGCUAACAACCUUACUACCGACAACCACCCGCCUGCUCCUCCUCGCAGCUUACCUCGCCUCGCACAACGCGCCCCGCCACGACCUAACGCUCUUCUCCACAUACCACCACGGCCGCCGGAAACGCCGCGGCGGCGGGUUCGUGGCGCCGAAAAGGGGCCGGCCGAGCAAGCACAAGAAGAUUUCGCGCAAGCUGCUCGGCGCGCACGCCUUUGUUCUGGAGCGCAUGCUCGCCAUCUUUGCUGCCGUGCGGAGCGAGUGGGCCGAGGCCGACGUGCGUGGCGGGUUUGGUACUGUCGGCGGCAGCAGCGUGGUGGAUGGAGACGUCGGUAUGGCUAUCUCGACGCUCGCGAGUCUGCGGUUGCUGAUGAAGGUUGGUACGGGUGGUGAUCCGAUGGAUCGGGGCGGCAAGUGGAGGAUUAAUGUCGGGUGGGAUAUCAUUCGGGGCGUGGGGCGGAGUGUUGGUAUUGAGGUGGAGGAAUGGCUCAUCGACUAA